AUGUUGAUGUUAAUUAGUAAGAGCAAUGUCUCCACGUCAUCCUCGUCGUCAUCGUCUACGUCAUCGCUGACAGCAGCAAAAGCAGCUUCUCUCUCCUCCAUCCUCAGCGCAAAGCUCCGUAAAUCGUGCAAGUCACCAUCUCCUUCACUCACCUGCCUCAGGCUGGACACCGAAAGCUCACAUAUUGGUGUCUGGCAGAAACGGGCCGGGCCGAGAUCCGAGUCCAGCUGGGUCAUGACCGUCCAGCUCAGCACCAACAACAACAACAAUAAUAAUAAUGCUAAUCAGAGUACUCCGGCAGUUGUGGCGGCCGGAGAACUAGAAAAGCCGCCGGAGGUGGCGGUGAAAGAAGGGAUUGACGAGGAAGAAAGGAUUGCGUUGCAGAUGAUUGAGGAGCUUCUCAACAGGAACUGA